UUUUACAUCACCUGUUGCGUUUGACGUUUCGUUGUGCUGUGCAUAGUUAUUUUUAUGAUUAUUAAGUGUUAAAUGUUGAGUGAUAGUGUUAAAUGCUGAUUAUUACAUCAACUUAGAAUUUUUCUACAUACGUGAUCUAAAAUCUAGUAAUGAUAUUUAGAAUUCAGUAGAAAGAGAUAUAUAUUAAAAUUAUAAUGUCAGAUUAUCUUUCUACUGAACUUGCAGCUACGUGUGCUGCACUUGGUUAUUAUGAUGGAUCUAAAUAUCAUUUAGAUAAACAUUGUUUAGAUGUUAUAAAGGAUCUUAUUAAAUAUUUAAGAAGAGAUGACGAAUCUCAUGUUGUACGUCAAUUUCUUGGUCAAACAAAAUUACUUCAAACUGAUCUCAUAAAAAUUUUUGUUGAUCAUUCUGAUAAACUUCAACUUUGGGAUGUAUUAUUAAGGUUAAUUAUUAAUAUAACAAGUCCAGUAUUAUUAAUAUAUAAUGAACAAAUUCCAACUGAUAAAAUGCAACGUACUAUAUAUCAAAAAUUGAUUUCAUAUACGCAAGAAUAUAAAAUAGCAUUGACUGAUGAUCGUAUAUGGGCAGUACUAAGUAAUCGUUUAAGUGAAAUUCUUAAAUUAGAUAAUAUAGACAGAGGGGAAGAAAAAGAAAUGAUUAUUGAACGAAUUCUUAUUUUUAUUCGAAACGUUUUGCAAAUUCCACCUGAUGAAAAUGAAAAACGUGUUGAUAAUGAUGCUACAAUUCAUGAUGAGGUUUUAUUUGCACUCAAUGCAUCAGGAGUGGUUGAUUUGUUAUUAUUUAUUGCUAGUAAUAGAAGUGAACAACAAUAUCAUUUACAAGUUUUAGAGAUUAUAUCGUUAAUGCUUCGUGAUCAAAAUGCGAAUCAAUUAGCAAAAUCGGGUUUGCAACGUAGUACCGCCGAAAAAGAAAAAGAUGAAGCAACACUUUUAGCUGCUCGACUUAAAGAAAAAGAGAAAAAAUUGGAGAGAGUGAGGAAGUAUGCAAGUGCUAGACAUUCCCAUUUUGGUGGGACUUACGUGGUGCAAAACAUGAAAGCCAUUGGUGAGAAUCAACUAAUAUGUCAUAAACCGUACCAAAAAAUCGAGGCGUUAAACUUUGCUCAAGAUAAGAAAAAAAUGUCGAAACCGAAAAACAAACGUCCAAUGAUGGAUCCAAGGGGCGAACGUACCUCUACGCUAAGCGUGAGGCUGUUUUUAAAAGAAUUCUGCGUAGAGUUUUUGAACGCCGCUUAUAAUCCCGUGAUGAAAUACGCAAGAUCUUGUAUAAUAGGUGCUACUAGUACCGAGCAAACCGAAACAAUUUGCUAUCUGUGGACUUUGCGUUUCUUCAUGGAGUUCAAUCGGCAUUACAAAUUCGAGGUGAAAUAUGUGAGUGAAACGAUAUCUACGGAAAUAUUUCAUUUGGUGCAAAGACAAAUGGAGCAUUAUUACGAGAUGAUAAUUACGGACAAAAAGAAAAUUCCUCUUUGGUCUUGUAGAUUACACGUAGCAUUGAGAGCAUAUCAGGAACUUCUGUACACUCUAAUUGCGAUGGAUCAAAGCACAGAUCGUGGUGUUAGAGAAUCCAGCAAGGUUAUUAAGAGUAACGUGUUUUAUGUUCCCGAAUAUCGGGAAACGAUUCUUUCCCAGCUUCUCAAUUUCGACGAGCUUAAAAUGUCUCGCAAAUAUUUGAUCGAUCUUACAACAACGGCGCACGUUUUCCUAAAAAUGUUGAGCAACUAUUGCGAGAAGAAUAAACGAAGCGUAGUGGUCCAGCAAGUGAAGAACAGACGACAAAGGAAUAAGAAAAAUAAGAAAAAGGCAGAAAGUGAGCAAAAGAGCGAACAAUCGCCACCUCCAAGCGUGGAAGAACGAUGGGAUGAAAUUAGUCCUCAACUGUCCAUCGUGAUGCGGGAAGGGACAAUACCGGAAGUGAUACCGUUCGACGCAACUUUGGAUGUGCCUAUAGAUGAACAAAAAGUUGAUGCUAUGAAGAAGAUUCAAAAGUUAUUGCGGCAAAAGUUUCUCGAGCAAGCUGUUGGCCUUCUUCGUGCGUCGAGGGAAGUCUGGCCCGAGAACGAUUGUUUCGGGAGAGCUGAUAUUACACAGGAGGAGGAAUUCCUAGCGCUACGCGAGAUAUUCUUUGCAGAUCUGGGCGUGAUCGAAGAGGAAAAUGUUGCGGAAAGCCGGGGAGAGCAGCGGGAGGAAAAUGUGGAAAGUCUUCUAAACGAUGAGCCAGAUGAUGAGGACGAUGAUGAAGAAAGGGAGGCGGAGCCGUAUUCCACGGUGGUGGAAACCGAUUUCAAAUUUUCCGACUUCGUCCACAGAUUCGCCAAUGUAAAGAUCGUGAGAGCAAUGCUGAUCCUCCUGCAACAAUUUGACAAGAACACGGACGAGGUGAAUCAUUACGUGAACAAGAUGCUUCAUCGGAUAGCGUGGGACUGCAAGAUGCCAGGAAUGAUGUUCCAAGCGUCGAUGUUCCGAGUUUUUCAAAGAAUCCUCGAGUCCAAGCAUCGAGGCCACAAGGAACUGCAAAAGUUCGCGGUGUUCAUAAUCCGCCGUUUCAUCGAAGUCGCGCAGAAGAACCGGAAAGCGUACAUGGAGCUGCUCUUCUGGAAGACCACUCGUGACGCGACCGAGGUCGUCGAGGGUUACAACGCGGAAACGGAUAACAAGAAAGUUUCGCGCAACCUCUGGACCGAAACCCAAGAGGACGAGUUACGCACUCUCUUUAUGGAACAUCAGACUAACAAGUAUCCCCAAGAUGUCAUCGAUUGGAUACUUGAGAAUAUUAAUCAAGAACGAACACGUCGUGGCAUCAUAAAGAAAUUGAAAGAAAUGUCUCUGAUUAUCAAUUCUAAGGCUGUACGAAGCGAAGUGCAAAAAAGGCUUCCAAAGGAAUGGUCCGAAGAAGAGAUCGCUCAGCUCACCGAACUUUGGGAACAAUUAAAAAAUGACGAUGAUCCCGUGGACCUGAUCUUCAAUGGGCUGACAAUAAAGCGACCGAAGCCAAAGAUCAAGGAGAAGCUUUUGGAAUUAGGAUUGGCCACGGAUCGCAAGGAUCUUCGCAAAAAGCGAUCGAGAAAAAGCAACCACGGUAAAUCGUCGUGGGAAACGGAGUCUGUCAGUAAUUCCGACGAGGAUAAAAGCAGCGACGAAGAAGCUGGGAAAUCCUCGAGCAAUAAGAACACGGCUCCCAAUAAACCGAGGAACAAGGGAACGAAGAAAAAUGCGAAGAAACAGACAACGAUGGUUUACACGGAUGUACAAUUAUCUGGACUCUUGAAAGAUGUCAUCGAAAGAAAUAUGAGCGAGGCUCUGGAAUGGAUCAAGGAAUCCCUACUGGAUGUCCUGGACGAUCGAGACGAGGAAAGCUCCGAAGGUAUUCCCUUAGUCCCGCUGACAGAUUAUUCGUCGGCUGCGAUGGAUUCACCGAGCUUUCAGAAGCUUAUUCGGGCUAUGGGAUUCACACCUCCUGCUGAUGAACAAGAAUCUUAUUGGCGCAUACCAUCUAAUAUGCUUAGCUCCAUGAUUCAGAAACGAUGUAAUCUUAUUGAUGCUGCAUUGGCAGGAAACUUCUCUGUUGAAAAAGAGUCACAGAAAAAAAACAAAUCUGAUGAUGAUGAAGAUAGUGAAAGCAAUGACGAUGACGUUCUUGAAAAUAUUAAAAAAUAUUUCAGUUCCAGAGCAGAGCCACAGCUAUCGACUUCUUGCGAGCCUGGUAUUGAAAUCAGUGACCAUCCUAUACCAUUGAAAAACUUCACAGUUCUCUCUACAUCGAUUGAACACGUCGAUACAAAAAUGGAAGAAGCAAAUGAAGAAGAAAACUCGAAAAAAGUCGAAAAUCCAGAACCUGAAAGAAGAAAAUCUAGUGGUCGUAUUAAUCUACUUGUUGAUUCAUCUGAUUCUGAAUUGGAAACAGAAAUUAAAUCUGUUAAUGCUGAAGAUGAAGAAAAGAGACAUCGAUCCGAUGAGUUUGAAGAAAAAAAUGAAACUGUGAAAAAACGUCGUUUAUUGGAUAGCGAUGAAGAAAAUGAAUCAUUAAUGUCUCAAAAUACUGAACAAAAACGAAUAAAAAUGAUUAUUAGCGACGAUGAAGAAGAGCAAUCAGCACCAGAGCAACGUAAAAAACAAAAAUCUCGUAUAAUCAUUAGCGACGAUGAAGAUUAAUUGAAGGAAAAAAUUGUCAAAAUUUAUAUUUAAUUAUAAUUAUAUAUGUUUGUAUAAUUGUGAAAUAUAAUGUACUUUAUG